GGUGCUGCGGUUGGGUCGUGAGCGUCUGCUCUUGUCUUUUUUGCUUUCUCCUCCGCCUUUCCUCAGCCGGCCCUGUGGCUGGAUGCAGCUGAGCCAGGGAAUCCCUGCCGCCGCCGCCGCCGCCGCCGCCGCCGGUCUCGCUAGCCCCCUGCGUGGUCCACACGGAAUCCCCGGGCCGGGAGCCGGGCGGAGUCGUUACGAUGUUUGACAAGACGCGUCUGCCUUAUGUGGCGCUGGAUGUGAUAUGCCUGAUACUCGCUGGCUUACCCCUUGCUGUUCUAAACUUGGCAAAAAUAAAGCCGUAUCAGAGGGGCUUUUUCUGUAAUGAUGACAGCAUCAAGUAUCCGUUCCAUGACAGUACCAUCACAUCCACUGUCCUCUACACAGUGGGCUUCACUGUGCCUGUUUGCUCUAUAAUCCUGGGAGAGGCUCUUUCUGUGUAUUACAACCAUUUGCACUCCAAUUCAUUUGUGCGAAACAACUAUAUUGCAGCUAUUUACAAAGCCAUUGGGACAUUCAUCUUUGGCGCAGCUAUUAGUCAGUCUCUGACAGACAUUGCCAAGUACUCUAUAGGUAGACUGAGACCUCACUUUCUGGACAUAUGCAAACCAGAUUGGCAGAGGAUCAACUGCAGUGCAGGUUACAUUGAAAACUUCAAAUGCCUUGGAGACAAAACAAAGGUUAAUGAGGGGAGGCUAUCAUUUUACUCUGGACAUUCCUCAUUCUCCAUGUAUUGCAUGCUGUUUCUAGCACUUUAUCUUCAGGCCAGAAUGAAAGGUGACUGGGCAAGACUUGUGCGCCCCACAGCACAGUUUGGUCUUAUUGCUUCAUCCAUCUAUGUGGGCCUGUCCCGUGUUUCUGAUUACAAGCACCAUUGGAGCGAUGUACUGACCGGACUUAUCCAGGGAGCAUUGGUAGCCGUACUUAUUGCUGUAUACGUAUCUGAUUUCUUCAAAGAUCGAGGCCGCACGUUUAAACAGAAGGAGGAGGAGGAUUCGCAUACAACUUUACAUGAGACACCUACUAAUGGAAAUCACUAUGGCAGCAAUCACCAGCCAUGACAGAUUCAAGAGCUAUUCCCUGUGGAAUCUCCUGCUUUCUAAAAGGGAAAUUUCACAAGUCUUUCUGGCCUAUGUAAAAAAUAAAUUAAAUGCCUUUUAAAGGGACUGCUGCUGCUAUACCUCUUGGAUGCUCACUUUACAUGUAUAUAGUAACAAUUAUGUAUCCAAAAACUUCAAAUUUCUAUUGGUUCAAGCUUUGCUUUAAAAACACAGUAUUCUGGCUCUUUUUUAAUUAAAAUAAUGUGAUAAUACUUAUGUACAAACA